UACCAGGAUGGAGACAUUGUGAUCAGUGCUUUCUUACCGCUAUAUACCUAUCAAACCUCCCCACAUACUGAAGGGUCAGAAAACACGGACAUUUCUGAAUGGAUCAGUCUCAGCAACUACCAAUUUGUGAUGGCCUUGACUUUUGCCAUUGAAGAGAUCAACAGAAAUUUCCUUUUUUUACCUAAUGUAUCUCUGGGAUACAAUAUCUACACUGCAGGGCCAACUCAAAGGGAUACAGUACAUAAUCUCCUCAUGUGGCUCAUGGGGCAGAGCAAAUACCUCACAAACUACACCUGCAGAAGAAAAGAAAACUCUGUGGCUGCAAUCACAGGAAGAACAGGGGAAAUUUCUUCCCUAAUUGCCACAUUUUUGGGACUUGAUAAAUAUCCACAGCUGACAUUUGGUCCUUAUGAACCAAAUAUGGAAGACCCUGUGAAGUUUCCUUCUCUGUAUCAGAUGGCCACCAAAGACUCUUCUCUGGCUUCAGGCAUGGUCUCAUUGUUUGUCAAUUUCAGAUGGAAUUGGGUGGGCCUGGUCAUAUCCGAUGAUGAGAAAGCUGUUAAUUUUGUCUCAGACUUGAUACCACAGAUGGAAAGAAACAGAGUCUGUGUAGCCUUCACGCAAUUGAUACCAGUCACCCUUAUGUUCUACAUGAGCUAUGAUUAUGUUGCCAAUAGCCCAAUUGUGAAGAAUUCAGCAAAAGUUAUUAUCAUUUAUGGUGACACUGAUUCUUCUUUAGGUGUGCUCUUUAGAAGAUGGGAUGUUAUACUUCCAUGGAGAAUCUGGGUGACUACUUCACAAUGGGAAGUCUUUACUUCUAUGAGACAUUUCUUUCUUGACUCAUUCCAUGGGACUCUCAUCUUUUCAAAAAAACAUGGUGAGAUUCCUACUUUUAAAGAAUUUGAAAAGACAGUCACCCCUUCUAAAUUCCCAGAUGACAUUUUCCUUGCAAAAGUGUGGGAAGUUUAUUUUGGUUGUGAAGUGUCUAAUGCUACCUGUAAAUCAUUUAAAAACUGCUCAUCUAAAGGUUCCUUGGAAUGGCUACCUUGGUACCAAUUUGACAUGGCCAUGAGUGAUGGCAGUUACCAUAUAUACAAUGCUGUGUAUGCUGUGGCUCACACCCUCCACAAGAUGAUUGUGCAACUAGUAGAUAUGCAAGGAAUGAAACAAAGAGGAAAAAUGAAGAUUCCUCCCUGGAAGCUGAACCCACUGCUGAAGAAUGUUCAAUUCAUAAAUUCCGGCGGAUACCCAGUAUCUCUGAAUCCUUCAGAAAAAAGGCAUGAAGAUUAUGACAUUCUGAACUUUCAGAAUUUCCCACAAGGUUUUGGAUAUAAAGUCAAAGUAGGAACAUUUUCACCACAUUUGCCACAUGGUCACCAAUUGUCAUUGUCAGAGGACAGGAUAGAGUGGAGCAUAGGAGACAAACAGACUCCCAUCUCUGUAUGCAGUGAAAGUUGUGGUCCUGGAUUCAGAAAAUCUCUUCAAGAAGGCAAGGCUGCCUGCUGUUUUGAUUGUAGCUUCUGCCCAGAAAAUGAAAUUUCUAAUGGAACAGGCAAGUAUAAUGAUCAGUGUGUCAAGUGUCCAGAUGAUCAGUAUGCCAACACAGAGAGAACGUACUGCAUCCAAAAAGCUGUGACAUUUCUGGCUUAUGAAAAUCCUUUGGGGAUGACACUGGCCAGCACAGCCCUGUGCUGUUCUACACUCACCAUACUUGUCCUUGGGAUAUUUGUAAAGCAUCAAAAGACUCCUGUUGUGAAGGCCAAUAAUAGGACUCUUAGCUAUAUCUUGCUCAUCUCUCUCAACUUCUGUUUUAUUUGUUCCCUGCUCUUCAUUGGUCAUCCCAACACAGCCACCUGUAUCCUGCAACAGACUACAUUUGGAAUUGUUUUCACAGUGGCUGUAUCUACUGUCUUGGCUAAAACCAUUACAGUGGUCCUGGCCUUCAAGAUCACAACUCCAGCAAGAAGGAUGAAGGGGUGGCUUAUAUCAGGAGCACCCAAAUUCAUCAUUCCUAUCUGUACACUCAUACAAAUUACAUUCUGUGGAAUCUGGCUGGGAACAUCGCCUCCAUUUGUGGACAUAGAUGUAUACUCUGAGCAUGGUCAGAUCACCAUUGUGUGCAAUAAGGGCUCAGUCAUAGCUUUCUACUGUGUCCUAGGAUACCUGGGGACCCUGUCCAUAGGAAGCUUCACAGUAGCUUUUUUGGCCAGGAAUCUACCUGACACUUUCAAUGAAACCAAAUUCCUGACAUUCAGCAUGCUGGUAUUCUGCAGUGUCUGGAUAACCUUUCUCCCUGUCUACCACAGUACUAAAGGGAAGGUCAUGGUAGCUGUGGAGGUUUUCUCCAUCUUGUCCUCCAGUAUGGGGCUCCUAGGAUGUAUAUUUAUCCCCAAGUGCUAUAUUAUUCUCAUGAGACCUGAUAAGAACUCAUUCAAAACCAUUAGAGAUAGAGUUCAGUGA